GUGCCUUUGUUAUUUGAUGAGCUAGCGAUUACACGCCCCCGCCAACACUUGUCAGUCAUAUGCUGUUCUGCUCUCUUCAAGUGCUCCUUCCCGCCGCCCUUGCGAUCUCUCCAGGCGGUCCUUGGGGUGUGUUCAACUAUGCACCCAAGUCAGACGGUCUACCCUCAAGGCGUACACAGAAGCAUAGGGUUCCGUGUCUGGCGCUAGAAAUCUGGUAGGGAUUACCGGAAGCGCGGACUUUCAAGCAAUCGAGGUACAGGGCUUGCCCUUUUUGAAGAUCCAAGGCUCAGAAACCCUUUUUAAGCCGGAGUGAGCUUUAGGCAAUACGUCUUCAGUGUUUCUCUCUUUCACAGAGUACGCCAGCAUUUAUCGACCCUCUUGCUUCAGACCGCUCUUCAUACCCGAAGACACGUUUUCACGAUCCCCGCGCCAUUAUCAAAGCGACACUGGACCCAGCCUUCUUAUUCUUACGCGGCGGCCGCUUCCGAUAUCUGGCUAUAGUAUCUCAUUCGGAGACCACUCUCGAACGACGAUCCAAUGUCUCUUGGGCCACUCCGUUCAUGUAGAAUUGCAGGUCAAAUUUUUUUACUUCGGAUCCUGCGUUCCACGAUCCGG